GGCCUGACGUGUGUCGUCUGUGGAGACACGUCUAGUGGAAAGCAUUACGGCAUCCUAGCUUGCAAUGGUUGCAGUGGUUUUUUUAAGAGGAGUGUCAGAAGAAAACUUAUUUACAGGUGCCAGGCUGGAACAGGGAUGUGCACCGUGGACAAGUCGCACAGGAAUCAGUGCCAGGCUUGUAGGUUGAAGAAGUGCUUGCAGAUGGGAAUGAACAAAGAUGCCGUGCAGAACGAACGCCAGCCACGCAACAGCGCCCAGGUGCGGCAAGAUCAGCUGGAGUCAGAACUUCAACAUCACCCCUCCCCCCAUGCCACCAUAUCAGCCACACACCCAGCAUUCAACCCUCACAAAUCUAACCACCACCAUCACCACCACCGAAUGAUGUCAAGUCGCAGCAACAGUCGCAGUAACCAGCAGCAGCAACAGCAACAACAGCAGUCAUCCUCAUCUUCUUCGUCAUCAUCAUCAUCAGCUGUGGUCAUCUACCCCGAAGGCAUGGCACCCACCUUUUAUCCCAUGGGGCACGAAACCAUGUACGAGUGCUCAGCGAGAUUACUGUUCAUGGCGGUCAAAUGGUCGAAAAGUUUACCUUCAUUUGCCAACCUUCCAUUCAGAGAUCAGGUGAUCCUCCUUGAAGAGUCCUGGUCCGAACUCUUCCUCUUGUGCGCCAUCCAGUGGAGCAUGCCGAUGGAGACAUCCCCCCUUUUCACCAUCCCCGACCAUCCCCCCUCCAACGCCAACCACCCAUCUCCGCUGCUCAACAGCAAGGCACAUCUCCAGGCGCAUUCAGACAUGCGCAUUCUUCAGGAACUUUCCUCCAGGUUUCGUCUGCUCCAAGUUGACCCACCUGAGUUCGCCUGUCACAAGGCCAUUGUUCUUUUUAAACCUGAAACGCGCGGCUUGAAAGACCCGCGCCAGGUGGAGAACCUGCAGGAUCAAGCCCAGGUAAUGUUGGGUCAGCACACUCGCUCACAAUAUCCUUCUCAGCCUGUCAGGUUUGGCAGGCUCCUACUGCUGCUUCCUCUUUUACGAAUGGUUCCAUCGGAAAGAAUUGAAAACCUUUUUUUCAGAAGAGCUAUAGGAAACAUGCCAAUGGAAAAGUUGCUUUGUGACAUGUUCAAGAGU